CCAAGGCCUUUGCUCUAUCUUCUACUCUUCAGCUACUCUAUGGCUAUGAAAUGCAGAGGUAAAUACCAGUUCUGGAGUCAAUCCAAAUCCUUGAUUUCCAAAUUUUGACACCCUUGCUUAUUCGCUGUAUAAUCUUGAGCAAAUGAGUGAACCUCUCUCUGCAGCCUGAUUUCUUUUUUUGGGGUACGCGGGCCUCUCACUGCUGUGGCCUCUCCCGCUGUGGAGCACAGGCUCCGGACGUGCAGGCUCAGUGGCCAUGGCUCACGGGCCCAGCCGCUCGGUGGCACGAACCCGCAUCGCCCGCAUCGGCAGGCGGACUCUCAACCACUGCGCCACCAGGGAAGCCCACCUGAUUUCUUUAUUUGUAAGAUGGGAAUGAUCAUGACACAUAAGGAGUUGUUGUGAGAACUAAUUACAAAAGUGCACAGAAGAAUGUCUGCUGGGCACAUUGUAAAGGCUCAAUAAAAUGUUAAAAAAUAUCAUUGCAUGUGUUUUUAUUAUUAUGAGCCUUUGCGAUAGUAGUGCCUUUGGAACAAGGCAAGUAUGUUCACUUCCACAUUUGUAUUCAACAUUGCACUGGAGGUCUUAGCCAGAGCCAAAAAGCAAGAGGAAGAAAAAAGCAAGUUGUGCAGUUGGGAAAGGAAGAAGUAUAAUGAUGUUUACUCACAGAUGAUAUGAUAGUGAAUGUUUAAAAUCCUACGGAAUUGACAGAAAAGCAACUAGAGGUAAUAAAUGAAUAUAGCAUGAUCACAGAUGCAAGAUCAAUAUGUAAAACUCCAUUGUAUUUUUUUAUACUAGCAGCAAAAAUUAAAAAUAGAAAAUAUCAGUUAUAAGAGCUUCAAAAAGCAUGAAAUAAUUGUGAAUAAACUGAGCAGUAUCUGGGAAGACCUUGUGCACUGAAAACUACAAAACAUUGGAAGGAAAAAUUGAAUAGAACAAAAUAAAUGGAGAGGUAGACUAUGUACUUGAAUAAGAAGACUCAAUAUUGUCAAGAAAUCAAUUCCCCUCAAAUUGAUCAAUGCAAUCUCAAUAAAAAUCCAAGGAGAGUGAGUGGGACACAGCCGCUGUGUCUGAGCGUCGGAGAGUGAUGGGGCUGCAGAGACAUGGCGGCGACCUCUGCGUUGUCGGUCCUGCUGGUGGCGGCGGAGAGGAACCGAUGGCAGCUAGUCCCAAGUUUGGUGCUGCCGCUGAGGGGAUGGACUUGGAAGCAAAGAGCCAUGAAGUAUGCAACUACCACAGGACGAAACAUUACCAAGGUCCUCAUUGCAAACAGAGGAGAAAUUGCCUGCAGGGUGAUACGAACAGCCAAAAAAAUGGGUGUACAGUCUGUGGCUGUUUAUAGUGAAGCCGACAGGAAUUCCAUGCAUGUUGACAUGGCAGAUGAAGCACAUUCCAUCGGCCCCGCUCCCUCACAGCAGAGCUACCUUUCUAUGGAGAAAAUCAUUCAAGUGGCCAAGAUCUCUGCUGCACAGGCUAUCCAUCCGGGAUAUGGUUUUCUCUCGGAAAACAUGGAAUUUGCCGAACUGUGCAAGCAAGAAGGAAUUAUUUUUAUAGGUCCUCCUUCAUCAGCAAUUAGAGACAUGGGUAUAAAGAGCACAGCCAAAUCCAUCAUGGCUGCUGCUGGAGUGCCUGUUGUGGAAGGUUAUCAUGGUGAGGACCAAUCAGACCAAUGCCUGAAAGAGCAUGCUGGGAGAAUCGGUUACCCCGUCAAGAUUAAAGCCAUCCGUGGUGGAGGAGGAAAAGGUAUGAGGAUCAUUAGAUCCGAAAAAGAAUUUCAAGAGCAGUUAGAAUCAGCGCGGAGAGAAGCUAGGAAGUCUUUCAAUGAUGAUGCGAUGCUGAUUGAGAAGUUUGUGGACACACCAAGGCAUGUGGAAGUCCAGGUGUUUGGUGACCACCAUGGCAAUGCUGUGUACUUGUUUGAAAGAGACUGUAGUGUACAGAGGAGACAUCAGAAGAUCAUUGGGGAGGCCCCAGGGCCUGGUAUUAAACGAAGAAAAAAGCUCGGAAAAGCUGCCAUCAGAGCUGCUAAAGCUGUAAAUUAUGUUGGUGCAGGAACCGUGGAGUUUAUUAUGGACUCAAAGCACAAUUUCUACUUCAUGGAGAUGAAUACAAGGCUGCAAGUGGAACAUCCUGUUACUGAGAUGAUCACAGGAACUGACUUGGUGGAAUGGCAGCUUAGGAUUGCAGCAGGAGAGAAGAUUCCUUUGAGCCAGGAAGAGAUAACUCUGUGGGGCCAUGCCUUUGAAGCUAGAAUAUAUGCAGAAGAUCCUAACAAUAACUUCAUGCCAGGGGCUGGACCAUUAGUGCAUCUCUCCACCCCUCGAGCAGACCUUGCCACUAGGAUUGAAACUGGAGUACGGCAAGGAGAUGAAGUUUCAGUGCAUUAUGACCCCAUGAUUGCAAAGCUGGUUGUGUGGGCUGCAGAUCGCCAGGCAGCCUUGACGAAACUGAGGUACAGCCUUCGACAGUACAGUAUUGUUGGGCUGCACACCAACAUUGACUUCCUCCUCAAACUGUCUGGCCACCCAGAGUUUGAAGCUGGGAACGUGCACACUGAUUUCAUCCCUCAGCACCGCAAAGAAUUGUUGCCCCAUCGGAAGACCACAGCCAAAGAAUUUUUAUGCCAGGCAGCUCUGGGGCUCAUCCUCAAGGAGAAAGCUCUGACUGAUGUUUUCAAAAUCCAGACACAAGAUCAAUACUCUUUUGUAUCCAGCAGUGGAAGAAGACUGAAUAUCUGUUAUACCAGAAGCAUGGCUCUUAGGGAUGGUAAAAACAAUGUAGCCAUAGCUGUAACAUAUAACCGUGAUGGGUCACAUAGCAUGCAGAUUGAAGAUAAAACUUUCCAUGUCCUUGGUGAUCUUUGCAGUGAGGGAGACUGCACUUACCUGAAAUCUUCUGUUAAUGGAGUUGCUAGUAAAACUAAGCUGAUUAUCCUGGAAAACACUAUUUACUUAUUUUCCAUGGAUGGAAGUAUUCAGAUUGGCAUUCCAGUCCCCAGAUACUUGUCUUCAGUGAGCUCAGAAGGAACCCAAGGAGGUGCCGUAGCUCCUAAGACUGGAACUGUUGAAAAGGUGUUUGUGAAAGCUGGAGACGAAGUAAGAGCUGGAGAAUCUUUGAUGGUUAUGAUCGCCAUGAAGAUGCAGCAUACCAUAAAGGCUCCAAAGGAUGGCACUAUCAAGAAAGUGUUCAACAAAGAAGGUUCUCAGGCCAACAGACACCCUCCUUUAGUCGAGUUUGAGGAGGAAGAAUCUGACAAAAGGGAAGCAGAAUAAACUCCAUUAAAUAAGCGGCCAAUUAAGCAGCCUCUUAAGUGUAGUAUCUCUACACCAAAAUGGGAAAGUACCUUCCUGCUUUUCUCGGGGUGUGAUGACCAGCACUUUUACUAAAUGAUUGUAUGAUUGGGCUUAAAACCGUUUCGUGGGCUUCCCUGGGGGCUCAGCGGUUGAGAGUCC